AUGGCUUGGGGCUGCAGGUGCACCUUCAUUCACUCCUCUCACCUCCAUCUCAUUGAGAACAAGGUGCAUCAGCAGCCCCAAGCCAUGUCCUGCUACCCCCGGUGCCAGCCCUGCCAGCCCUGUGGGCCCACCCCGCUGGGCAGCAGCUGCAAUGAGCCCUGUGUCAGGCAGUGCCAGGACUCCACCGUCUUCAUCCAGCCCUCGCCCGUGGUGGUGACCCUGCCUGGGCCCAUCCUCAGCUCCUUCCCCCAGAACACCGCCGUGGGAUCCUCCAGCUCUGCUGCUGUUGGCAGCAUCCUCAGCUCUCAGGGAGUGCCCAUCAGCUCUGGGGGCUUUGGCCUCUCUGGCCUGGCCAGUGGUAUCUGUGGCCUCCCCUGCUGAAGCUGCUGGAAGCUGGAAGUUUCCUUCCCUGGGAAGGAACCCAGGGACUCCUAGGAUGGUCCAAGCCCAGGGAUAGAGCAUUAUUGCUCUAUCUACCACUCAGAGUGACUUCUUUCUCACCUUUUGACUCAUUAAAGCUCUGCUGCAU